CUGAGAAAACAUCCCAGACCCCAUCAGGACCAGGACCACAUGGCUGCUUCUCAGGGACCGCUGACCUUCAGGGAUGUGGCCAUAGAUUUCUCUCAGGAGGAGUGGGAAUGCCUGGACCCAGCUCAGCGGAAGUUGUACCUGGAUGUGAUGGUGGAGAACUACAGCAACCUGGCCUCCCUGGGUUGUACUCUAAAUAAGGAAAUUCAUCCUGGAGAGAAGCCUUACAAAUGUAAAGCAUGUGGCAAAGCCUUUAAAUGUCAUUCAUCUCUUAUUGUACAUAAGGGAAGAAUUCAUACUAUUGCAAAAUUUUCCAAACUCAAGGAAAAUGGAAAAGGCUUUAGUCAGUCCUCAAGACAUAUGCAACAUUAUAGAAAUGAUAGAGGAGAAAAGUCUUAUAAAUGUUCAGAAUGUGACAAAACCUUUACCUGGCCCUCAACCCUUAGUAUUCAUCUGAGAAUACACACUGGAGAGAAACCUUAUGAAUGUAAUGAAUGUGGCAAAGCCUUUAUCCAGUCCUCACACCUUAUUUAUCAUCAGAGAGUUCACACUGGCCAGAAGCCUCAUAAAUGUAGAGAAUGUGGCAAAGCCUUCAUUGCGUUAUCAACCCUUUCUAUCCAUCAGAGAGUUCACACUGGCGAGAAGCCUUUUAACUGUGGACAGUGUGGCAAAUCCUUCGGUAGAACGUCAUACCUUGCUUAUCAUCAGAGAAUUCACACUGGAGAAAAGCCUUAUCAAUGUAGAGAAUGUGGUAAAGCCUUUAGACGCUCCUCAGACCUUAUUCUGCAUCAGAGGGUUCAUACUGGAGAGAAGCCUUAUAAAUGUAGAGAAUGUGGCAAAGCCUUUGCAUUGUCCUCAAACCUUAAUAAGCACCAGAGAGUUCACACUGGAGAGAAGCCUUAUAAAUGUAGAGAAUGUGACAAAUCCUUUGGUACAUCCUCAAGCCUUGGUAAUCAUCAGAGAGUUCACACUGGAGAGAAGCCUUAUAAAUGUAGAGAAUGUGACAAAUCCUUUGGUACAUCCUCAAGCCUUGGUAAUCAUCAGAGAGUUCACACUGGAGAGAAGCCUUAUAAAUGUAGAGAAUGUGACAAAUCCUUUGGUACAUCCUCAAGCCUUGGUAAUCAUCAGAGAGUUCACACUGGAGAGAAGCCUUAUAAAUGUCAAGAAUGUGGCAAAGCAUUUAGCCAGUCCUCAUUCCUUAUUAAUCAUCAGAGAGUUCACACUGGAGAGAAGCCUUAUAAAUGUCAAGAAUGUGGCAAAGCGUUUAGCCGGUCCUCAUUCCUUAUUAAUCAUCAGAGAGUUCACACUGGAGAGAAGCCUUUUAAAUGUCAAGAAUGUGGGAAAGCGUUUAGCAGUUCCUCAUCCCUUAUUUAUCAUCAGAGCGUUCAUACUGGAGAGAAGCCUUAUAAAUGCAGAGAAUGUUGUAAAGUCUUUAGUUGCCCCUCAAACCUUACUAAGCAUGAGAGAGUUCACAUGGAGAAGCCUUAUAAAUGUAGAGAAUGUGGGAAAGCCUUUGGUGGAAACUCACAACUUAGUAAGCAUCAGACAGUUCACACUGUAGAGAAGCCUCAUAAAUGCAGAGAAUGUGGCAAAGCCUUUAGCUACCCCUCAAAACUAAUUAAGCAUCAGAGAGUUCAUACUUGAGAGAAGCAUUAUACAUGUAGAGAAUGUGGCAAAUCUUUUGUCAACUCAUACCUUACUAAGCAUGAGAGAAUUCAUACUGGAGAGAAGUGUUAUACAUGUACAAAGUGUAACAAAGCUUUUAUUCAGUGUGCCUGCUGCACUAUACAGCAGAGUUCAUAUUUGAGAGAAGUCUUACAGAUGUGCUUUGUGUUGUCCUUGAUCAGCAGUGAGAACUUGCUGAGCAUCACAGAGUUCAUACUGGAAAAACACAUGAAUGUGAUAAAUGUAAAAAAGCCUUUAAAAGCCACUCUGAUAUUAUUAUACUUGAAAGACUUCAUAAAAGAGAGACCAAACAAAUGUAGAGAAUGGGCUGGAGCCUUUAACCACAGCUCACAAUUCACCACACAUCAGGGACUUUAAUAGUAAAGGGACGCCUUACACUGUAGAAAAUGUGAGAAAGCCUUAACCUGCUGUCAAACUCAACAUUGCAGGAAUUGUUCUAAAGAAACGGCAGUAAUACAAAGUUUUCAUCUGAAGAUUUCUCCAUGGUUGAAACUUCAUUGACAAUGAUAAAAUGAAGUCUUACAAAUUAUGAGGCAUAUGUCAAAGUGUAUGUCCUACAACAUCUAAGAAUUAUUACUGGAUUGAGGUUUCACCAACAUAAAGAAUGUGACAAAGCUUACUCAGUAUGCUUCACUGACCAUACAUCAGCAUUCAUACUGGGGAGAAACUACAAAUGUAAACAUUGUCAUGUAGUUUUUAAUCAGCAUCCCUAGCUUAUUCCUCACAUUGGAAUUCAUUCUAGAGGGAUACCUUAAAUCUCAAGAAUGGGGAACUCAUACUUAGACCUACAGCCUCAGUAAAUUCUACAUUCAUGAUAUAGGAGGAAGGGUUUUUGUUUAAAAUGUAGUUUACAAAACUCCAAGGAAUGUAUGCCUUAAAGAGAUUUUACAGAUGUAAAAACUUUAUGCAAUUAUGUAAUUGAUGAUAAAUUUCAAAGUAUCACUGAAUUCACACUAAUUGGUAGUCAAAAUGCCUUUCAGGUAUUAUUCUAAGUCAGAAUGUAUUAAAUAGUGUCCUCCAAACUUGAAAUGUAGUUAGGGAAAAUUUAUAUGCUUGAAUAUAUCAAAAGAAUUGAUGUUUUCCUAUGUACAGUUACUUAAGAGUGUUAUCACAUAUUGAAAUCAUUUGAAGUCUUUUGAAAAGGAAAUAUUAAUGUGAUUUUAAUCCCAUAUCACUUGAUGCAGCUAUGUUUUAUUUCUGGUGUAUGUGCUAGUGAAAUCAUGGGGUUGAUUAUUUCUGCCUUAAAGAUCUGUGAGCUGUUGUAUAUUAUAUGGACUCCUCUUGUGUACACUUUCCCAUGGACUAUUCCCAUACUACAUUCUAAGGCGCAGUAUUUUCUUCUUAGAGAAUAAUACUAUUGAAUAAAUCUUUUUUUUUUUUUACUGAAUAAAUCUUUUAAAAUAGUUCUCUGGUUUUGUAAAUGAUGUCAUCAAAGUUACUUCCUUUUCUGUGCCACUGUUGUG